GUUUAGUCAGCUAGAGUGGGGAUUUUCUGUGAAUCGUGACGAAAAUGGUUGCUACAUAGGUCGCAGAUAAACUUUGCUGUGCUAUUUUAGUUGUUUUUUGAGUAAUUUUUAUUGUUUUUUUCUUUAAAAGUGGUGUAAAGUGUGUACAAUGGCCCACGGAUUGAACUCAGUGUUAAAACGCGGUGUUUCUACGGUCCAGGGCUGCAAAACAGAGGGGAAAACAGGCAUCGGAUCGAGACGGAUAUUUCCACCACAUUUUAAACUACAGGUGCUUGAUUCGUAUAGAAACGAUGCGGAUUGCAAAGGUAAUCAAAGGGCUACAGCAAGAAAAUACGGGAUUCAUAGACGACAGAUUCAGAAGUGGCUACAAGUGGAAAAUAAUUUGAGAAACAGCGUGAGCAAAACAGGGAGCUGUGGUGCAAAGGGUUCAAUAACAACAACAACAACACCAAACGGAAAUAUGGUGGAUUGUAACAACGGAGGAGAAAUUCCCGAAGGCAACAGAAAAUUUGGAAUAGAAAUGGCCUUGAGCAAUGGUGGCCAAUGCAGUAGACAGCGGGACGACAUGAGCUGCGGUGCCGAUAUGUAUACGCUGCAAGCGGCGGUCAGCGGCGUACUUGACGCGCGGGUUCCGUCAGUAAGUCCCGUGUAUUCAAAAAUUGACCCGUCGUCCGGUCAUCCCUGGCCCCCAGAGUGCUCCAGCGGCAGAGGUGAAGGAGGAUGCUGCAGGGUGCCCCCUGCGCCUCUCGACUUCAGCACGCAUUCCCGCCGUGGCAGCGGUUACGGUAGCCCGAUCGUCGCCAGUCCGCCUUGCUGCGUGUCCCCCGUGCCCCCCGACUCCGCUACACCCAUGGACUUGUCGUUCAAGAGGCCCACUUCGUCGAGCGCACCUGUGCCGCUGAUGCCUUUCUCUCCCCUCGCCUCUCCGCCUUUGCCCAUGCCGCAGCAGCAGCAGCACCGAGUUCUGUCGCCGCCCAGUCUCGCACAACCUCACCCAGAUGUGUGGGACUUAUCCGCCAAGAGCCAUGGACUCAAAAGGAAGUGCGACGAAGAACGCAGCACGCUCACGUCCCAGAAACCUGUUAAGUUGUUCAAGCCCUAUCUGGACGACAUAAAACCAUCCAAACCAGAACUAAACCCCAUUAAAUUGGAAUCCCUCUCGCCCCCUUGCUGCACCCUCGCAAUCGCCCACCCUCCUUCCAACUCCGACAAUUAUUAUUACACAAACAACAAUAAUAACAUUUGCGAAAUCAAGUCGGAGUACGCCAGUACUUACACUCUCCACGAACUUCAACCGAAAACCGCCCUCAACUUCUAUUACCCUUAUACGUCGCAAUUGUACCACCCAGAUUACGAGAGCAACUCGUUUAAUGCGGUCUACGAGGACUCUUCCCUGCACGGCGUGCCUUUGAAACAAAGGCAAAGCUACAGCCUGGAUUUCAAGCUCCAAGCAAUCGACUGCUAUUACGAGGAUGACCAGUGCAAAGGCAAUCAGAGAGCGGUGGCUUCGAAAUACAACAUUCACCGGCGUCAAAUACAAAAAUGGUUGAAACAGGCUGAAGAGCUCCGCCAGAGAAACGAAUCCAUAAAGCAAAUGCACGCGGUCAGGUAAGAAAUUGAUGCUCCGGAGGAUGAAACCUUUGCCGUAAAUUAUUGACUGACUGUUUUUCUUCAAAUAAUAAUUUGUGGGAAACAAUCAGUAGACUGAAGCGAUUGCUUAAGCCUUAGAGUCUAUUAGUUUAGUAACAACACAUAUCCAAAAAGCCUCUUUUGUACUUAUCAUGAAAAUUAUGCCUUAUGAAUCAUUUCGUUGAACGAAAUUUUUUGAAGACCCAUCCAUUUGUUGCCAUAUUGUUAAAUAUUUGAUAAAUUAAUUACGUCUUCAACGAAUAUCGUUGUGGUAUGUAUGUUUUCUCGUACGGGUGCUAAACUAUUUACGUAGGAGAUGAUGACUUGCUCAGAAAAUGUUUACUUGUGUGCCUUUUGUAGUGAGUAGUAGAGUAAAAUAAAAAAAGAGUAUGAAAGCCGUGCCAAAACUGACGAGAAGGCAGCUAUAUCUAUUGUAUACCUGACAUUGCAAUACUUGUGAAUAACAAAUAAAAAAAGUUGACAAACGUCUUCCUUAUCGCCAUAUUUUCUAUUAAGCACUCGAUUUACUGCCAAUAUAUAACUAUAUUGAUAAUGAUAUAUUUAUUAAAAUUUGUACAUACCUUAGUUUUAUUUAUACAUAUCUAAAUUUAGCGUAGAAGCAAUUAACAUGUGAUUUAGAAUUUAACUUCAAAUUGAAGAUUGUAUAAAGGAUUUAUUAUUCUUAUAGUUAUUAACAAUAAAAAUUAACGUGACCUUAAUAUUGAUAGGUUGUGAAUAUUUUGUCACUGGAUUAAAUUGUUUAUAAAAACCAACUUUAUAUUGUAAUUAUUAUAGUUGUAUAAACAGCUGAGCUGAG